AUGCCGAGCGUUUGGUAUAAUAUUUUAGAGAAAUUUCGACAUUCACUACGCAACGCAAAACAGCUCUCACGCCUGAAGGACUACUCUAAACUCAAGCUCUCCAGCCGUCUAUUGAUACGACCCAUCCCUGGAGAUGCAUUCAAAUCCUAUCUGGCGAAGAUGGCUAUCGCCAUGCUCUUCGGCCAAUACAAACAACCACGACGUCUAACUUGCACCGUGAAAGCAGAAAAACAAGCCAACGAACGAGCCACACAAUCACCCAAAUACGUGCAGAAGGAAUCCAAGCACUGGUAUCCUGAUCCCGAAUUCAUGAAGCAAUUUGAAGGCUGCAUCAUAGACGAUAAAGCGCCACGUUUCGACCAUUGGACAGGCCGAGUUCCCAUACCAGUAGAACGUGCAUUUCGCACAAAGUUUAUCAACUUUGGCCCCGCGCAUCCAGCUGCGCAUGGCGUCUUGCGCAUGGUGCUGCAGCUGGACAAUGAGACCGUUCUAUCGGCCGAUCCACACAUCGGACUACUGCACCGCGGCACAGAGAAGCUACUCGAAUAUAAAACGUACAUACAAGGUCUGCCCUAUUUCGAUCGCCUGGACUAUGUCUCCUGCAUGUCCAACGAACUGUGCUAUUGCUUGGCCAUCGAGAAGCUGUUGGGUUUGCAGGUGCCGCGGCGCGCAAAGUACAUACGCACGAUGUUUUCGGAAAUUAUGCGGCUCACCAAUCACACGGUCGCCUGCUCCACAGCUGUGCUGGAUUGCGGCGCCAUUACACCACUUUUCUGGAUGUUCGAAGAACGCGAGAAGCUAUACGAGUUCUGUGAGCGCGCCUCAGGUGCACGCAUGCACGCCGCUUACAUACGACCGGGCGGCGUUGCCUUCGAUUUACCGCUUGGCUUCUGUGAUGAUCUAUUCGACUUUAUUUGUCGCUUCAAACACCGCAUCGAUGAGUUCGAAGAUGUCAUUACUGAUAACCGUAUUUGGCGCACGCGCAACAUCGGCAUCGGACGCAUUACGGCGCAUGACGCUUUGAAUUAUGGCUGCUCGGGUGCAGUGUUGCGUGCCACUGGUGUAAAGUGGGAUCUACGCAAGACACAGCCAUAUGAUGCGUACCCAGAGGUGGAAUUUGAUGUGCCUGUGGGCAGUAACGGCGACUGCUAUGAUCGUUACUUGUGUCGCAUACGCGAGAUGCGCGAGGCCUGUGUUAUCAUCAAUCAGUGCCUGAAUCAGAUGCCAGCGGGCGAGAUAAAGGUGGACGACUACAAGGUGUGUCCGCCGCGUAGACGCGUUAUGAAGCGAGGCAUGGAGGAGCUGAUACACCACUUCAAGUAUUAUACGCAGGGGUUUGCAGUACCACCUGGCGAGACUUAUACAGCCAUCGAAUCGCCAAAGGGUGAGUUCGGCGUUUAUCUGGUGUCGGAUGGGUCGUCGAGGCCGUAUCGCUGCAAGAUUCGGGCAGCAAGCUAUCCACAUUUGGCGCUAAUGAAUAAGCUGACUUUCAAGCACUUAUUGGCCGAUGCGGUGGCCAUUAUUGGUUCAUUGGAUAUAGUAUUUGGCGAAAUCGACCGUUAA